AUGGGCGUUCUCCACGAUGUCGCCAAACACGGAUGCGGCCAUCGUGGUGCUGUAUACAGAGCCUGGAUUCGUCUGAAAAGACGACGUCUUGCCAUUCCUGCUUCCGGGUUCAUUGUUGAUCUCACCAUUGGAGGCGCUCCCAGCGAUGCAGUGUCAAUGGUCGUCGUGAUGACAAUCCAUGCUGCUGCAAAAGUUGUCGAACUGUUCGUGCAGACUCUCGUCUUGCAAAUGGCCUUAUUUGUUGACUCAGGGGUAGUUCAUAUCCAAAAUGAUGAGCACAGGAUUCAGUUAUUUACAAUACAUGAACAUCGAGGGCGAAAUCUUAUACCGGUUCUAGUUUUUAUACAUGGAGAGUCUUUUGAAUGGAAUGCUGGUAACCCUUAUGAUGGCAGUGUAUUGGCCAGUUACGGAAAGGUAGUUGCAAUCACAGUUAACUUUCGACUUGGUGUUUUUGGUUUUCUACCGAUAAUGGAGGGAUCAGCAAGAGGGAAUUACGGAAUUACAGACCUCAUCGCUGCUUUGCAUUGGAUUCAAGAAAACAUUGCACAAUUUGGCGGGGAUUCUAAAAAUGUCACUCUUUUAGGACAAGGACAUGGAGCUGCUCUAGUACAUUUUCUAGUUCUUUCUCCAAUGACAAAGGGUUCUUCACUUUUUCCCUUAGGCCUUUUUCAUCGCGCCAUCAUGCUGAGUGGGUCUGCUUUAAGUCCAUGGGCAAUAGCUAGAGAAGCCAAUCAAUAUGCUCAGAAGCUAUCUAGCACUCUUGAAUGCCCAAUUAAUGACCCAGCUAUAACUUUAGAAUGUUUGAGACAAAGAUCUGUUUCCGAUAUACUUGGAGUUGAUAUUAAAGUACCAACAUUUCUUUCGGGUUUUGGACCAACUAUUGAUGGUAUUGUGAUUCAAGGUGAACCAGAAACCUUGUUGGAAGUACAGAGUGAGGAAUACCCGAUUGACUCAAUUGAGGUUAUGUUUGGGAUAUCAAAAUCCACUUCUUACUUCCAAGUGACCCAACAAGAGGAAUCUGAAGGUUUUGGUAUUGGGCGCAGAGAUAAGCUUUUAAGAACGUUAGUUAGAAACAUAUUUAGCUAUCAUCUUCAAGAAAUAUUUCUUACUAUUAUAAAUGAAUACACAGACUGGUCUAAGACCCCUCAACACAACGUGAACGUUUUAGAAAGCACAUUGGAUGCUCUUGGGGAUGCAUUGUUUGUUGCUCCUGUAAUUAGAGCUGCUAAUUAUCAUUCUGAAGGUCAAAGUGUUGUAUAUUUUUACGUAUUUAAUUAUCAAACAGAAGGUGACAAAUAUUUAGAAAAGCAACGAUGUUUUUGUGAAGCUCUUGAAUACAUAUUUGGAACACCAGUACUUGGAUAUCCAGGGUAUUUGCCAAAAAACUUCAGCGAUAAUGAAAGGAUAUUUUCUGAAGCAGUAAUGACAUAUUUAAUUAAUUUUGUCAAAAGUGGGUAA